AAAAAACUAAUUUCUCAUUAUAGUAUUUAAUUUUUUCAGAAAUAUUGAAAUAAAAAAUAAUAAUUACUAUUUAAAAACCAAUGAUAAAGAUUUUAUAAUUAACAAGUUUAACAUUCUGUCAAUAAUGUCAUCAAAAGCUGGAUUGCUAAGUGAUCACCAACUGCAUGAUCCAGCAACCAUUCUCGAUCUACCGACUCAAAUACUCGAAAGAAUCUUAAGUUGUGUGACAAAAGACCACAAGCAGCUGCAUUUAGUUUGCAAAGCAUUUUAUAAUGUCCUUUGUAAAAUUUAUGAGGACAAAAUCUGGUUCAAGUUGAAUUCUUAUGAUGUUAUAAUCAAUGAUGAACGCCUUGAAAAGCUUCAAUCCUUAACUUUUCCGAUGAUCAACUGCAAGCUACGUCAACUUAGAAACCUUAAAUUAUCCUACAUGCAAGAAGUAACUGAAGAAGGUUGUGAAGAGUUUUGGGAGUUCCUGGAUGUCCAAGGAAAAUUCAUUCAAAAAUUAACAAUCGAAGCUCAAAUCAAAAUUGAAGUUUUUAACAAAAUCAUUUCAAAAGUUGAGAAUUUGACGGAAAUUUCGUUCGAAAAAAUUAAUAUUAUUGAUGAUUCCUUUAAAAUAUUGAACUUAUGUGGCUUGGAAAGGCUACAAACCCUAACAAUCGAUGCCUGCGACAACUUUGACUUCAAAAAACUGAAAUUAAGCGAAGAUGUGCUGCAAACUUUCAAGUUUAAUGCCAGUUACUGUUUAGAGGACUUCUCAGAGGGUCUGCAAGAAUUUCUAGCUACACAAAAGGAACUGAAGCAUGCAAUAUUCCCAAAACCAUACACAGGACUAAGGAAACUUAGCCACAACUUCCUCAAAAACUGCAAACUUGAGAAAUUAGAAUGGAGUGAAUUUUAUCAAAAAGAUGAAAAAUCGAAGAAAAUUGCGGAAAAUAUUUUGAAUCAACAGACAGAAUUGAGGGAAUUAAAGCUACUUCUGCCAAUAUGGGAAGAUCUCCUCGUCAAGUUGAUCAAAAAUGGUGCAAGUUUGAAGAAUUUUAGUGGAAACUUUGAUGAAAUUGAUGGAAAAAGCUUGCAAGAGGUGCUAAAAUUGAAGAAUUUGGAAAAUUUGGAGGUUAUAAAUGCUGAUCUUGACUCAUUUUCCACAGAAAACUGUAAAAUUGAGGGCGGCAAUGGAAAUUUUGAUACAAAUGGUGAAGAAAAAUCUGCCAAAAAAUUUAAAUUUGACAUAAUUGAUGAUUGUAACCUCAAAAUACACAACCUAACUUCUCUAACCCUCAAAAGUUGCACAUUUUCAGACCCAUCAACACCUAGAAACCUCUCAAAAAUUCUGACUAACCUCAAAAUCCUCAAAUGUGAGUCGUUCAGCUCACCAAACUUGAAAUUUGACUUUAAUGAAAUUUUCGCUAAUUUCACACAAGUUAAAGAGCUGAUUUUUUAUGAAUUUUGUGACAUGUUCAGGGAGGAUUCAUACAAACUUGAUAACAACAGAAUUUUUCCAAAUCAUAACCUCAAAACUUUAAAAAUUCAUUUCCCAUUAAAUCUAAAUUCUUCAAAUUUUGUAGCUUUAACCGCAAACUUUCCAAAUUUGAUAGACCUAGAAAUCUACAUCCACAAUCAAGAACAAAAAACAUUUGAGUAUGAAAUUGAAACAAUUUUUCAUAAAUUCAAGAAAUUAGAGAAAAUUUUCAUAACUUUUGCAUUUACUUGCAAAAUUGAUUUUGAGAUUUUUGAAUUAAUUAAAAAUAAGCAAAAUUUAAAAUUUUUGUAUCUCGAAAAUGUCGGAUUUAAAUGUCCAAAAAUGAAGGGAAAAGUUGAAAUUUUGAAUGAUGAAUUUGAGGAAAUUGAAAUCUUAGCAGAACAGGAAUACGGGUAUAAAAACUGUUAUGUGAUCUCAAUUGCUAAAAAUCAUUGCAUUUACAACUCAAAACUAAGCAGUAUUCAAGACUACAUUGAAGUAUCAACUCAUGAUGAUGAAAGGUUCUUUUUAUAAAAAAUUGUAAUUGACAUUAAAUAAAUAAAAUUAUUCAAAAAUUUCAACUUUUUCGGUAAAUUAUUAGUUUUAAUGCAAG